AUGUCCUCCCGCGGCGUCCCAGAAGUUCUCUUCAAAAAAGUAGACGAGUACGUCGACUCCCUCGCGCCCCAGAUCCAACCCCGCAUCACCUCCGAGCUCGAGACCUUUCAGCAAAAGACGAUCGACAGCCUCGAGGAUAAAGUCGUCGACGCUUUCCGCUCGCUCUUCAACAAAGAUAAAGAUUCCUCGUCUCGAAGUCCGUUUGAUCUCAAGGAUGAUGCGCCUGAUGCCUACGGUGGACAGAGUCUCCCGUUUGCAGAUGAGUUGGCCAAGUUGACGAGGAGUUUUACAAAGAUUACUGAUGAGGCGGGGGAUGAUUUACGGGAUAUUUUCGAUAUUACGGAGGGGAGGGGCGCUGGACAGAGCGAUACACGGU